GAGCCUGCCGCUGAGGCGGCGGCGGCGAAGGAUGAGGUGGUCACUGGUCGCGCCCAGUUGGUUCACAUCUCUACCCCCAAAACAGGCUACCAGCUCAGGGUGGUGAACAUCCACAACUUCGACCACUCGGCAGAGGAGCUGAACAAUACUGCUGAGGCCACCUGGCUCCGUUACGACAGUCUCACCUACAUGUUGCUGCCGCCGGACGCCGUUGCGGCAUGGUGGCUUCGCACGUGGACAUCGCGGAGGCGCUGGAGGCUUUGGCGGCAGACCAUGAGGAGCAUCGCCAGAUUCAUUUGGCGACAAGACAUGUGGACUGCUCGCAAGCUGAUUCACCUCAGCGACCUGGGCAAGAAGUAUCUCUCGGUGGAUGGUGAUCGAGACAUCGAGACCAUCCGUGAGACGCUGGAGCGCCGCCUCGCCCCAUCGUGGACUGGGUUCCGCAGUCAGGAUCACGCCGAGUACCUCGGAACGUUCAUCGGUCCUGGCGCCUCGCUGGCGCUGAUCUGGGACGCCUCACAUCAUAAGUGCGUCUCCCGAUGGAAAAGAACUAGCUUCGCUCCGCUCAGCGCCAUGGGCGCCGGGCCGCGCGAGAAGCAGUCGAGGCUGGUAGGCCAUCCUCGGAUCCAUGGCUGCCGUGGCCUCGGCACCGCCCCGCUGCGCUUCGAGGGGGUCGAGGGCCCCGCCGCUGCCGUGGGCGGCGCCGACCUGUCCGCUCUGUUUGGGCGGGACGGGUCGGCGCCGCCCGCGCCGACCGCGGCACCAGCCGGCCCUCGCGCGGGGGGGGCGACCGGCCCGAGGUUGCUGGGGCCAGUGGCAGCAAGGCCUUCCUGCGGCCACGGAAGCGCUACGCGCGCCGGCGCGAGGGUGGCGGUUUCCCGCCGCGGGCCAUCUGUGCCUCUCGGGGCCGGCGUGGCCGCAAUGGCGGUGGCAGCCGCGGCCGCGGAUGCAAUUGAGGCGGCUUUUGCGCGCCUGGCGGCGCAGUGGAUCGCGCAGCUCUCCAAAAGUGCCGAACUAGGCGCUGCUGGUGCUGGCGCCCGCGGCUGCGCGUUAGAAGCCUGCGCCACAGGUGUAGCCGAAGAAGCGGACCUGUACAGCGCCCUGCCAGUGUUGAUGCGCAUCCUAGUGCGGGCGUCCCUUGUCACAGGUCUCGUGAUGAACCUCGCUAAGUGCGUCAUUGUGUUCUAUAGGCGUUACAAUUACAUGUUUGCUCACAUCAUCCUGGGCCUGCUAGGGCUCGCUUCGCUCGUGGCGAGGGGCCAGCUGGACGGGUGCAGAGACGAGGACGCGCAGCAGAUGGGCAAGGGCGCGCCGCAGAAGUUCCAGAGGGUCAGGGGCGGCGGCAGAGCACCCGGCAGGGACGACAUCGACCUGGUGGGCCCGGUGAUUUCGCUGCAGAAGCUGGGGCUGAGGCAGGAUCUGAAGUCGCGAGAGCACGAACACAUGUUGCGCCUAUUCUACCUGGUCCCGAAGACGAGCUGCGCGGCGAAGAAGGGCUUGCAGGGCGGCCAGGACUACUACGCGGCGGUGGCGUCCAGGGGGCGAGGGCGUCGUCUUGGGGCCCCCUACCUUCACGCGGCCGUGGCGGCGUUCGACGGGCUCAUAGAGGACUGCUCGGAUGGGGCCCACAAGGACGUGUUGAUGGCUUACCAGAAGCUCUUCAACCAGGAGAGCGGCCCGCACUUCGUGAAGGAGAUCUUCGGCAUGUUCAAGCUGAAGGAGGCGUACAGCGAGGAUGGGGCGGAGGAGAAGGACAUCCAGGUGAAGGUGGACAUCCACAUCAACCCAAUGGCGGACGUGGAGAUGCUGGUAGAGUGCAUGAAGGUGAAGGUGGAAGGCCAAAUCCCGCCCAUCGGCAUCCUGCGGAGGGCGAUCCUGAAGGCCUUCGUGCAGGCGGGCGCGCAGGCGGGAGAGGGCCCAGGGCCAAAGGACGAGCUCGCGAGGGUCGUAGAGAGGCAGUUGCACGGUCUUUGUAUCAAGGCCAAAUCGCCGCAGCCUCUACACAUCGUCGACUUUUUGUCCGAUCCGCUCCCUGAUCAUCUUGGUCGUGUCGGUGCAGCCCUUGACCCACAUGGCGCGGCGGCUGCCACGUUCGAUUCCUUGAAGAAUCAGCUUGCCGACCGGAGGCUGCAGAACCAUGAGGAGGCGUGGCACCUAGCAGACAAGCUCACGAAGAAGCUCAAGACCGUCGCUAACGACAUGCUCACCAUGCAGGAGCGCGUGAUGAACGAGGGCCUCCAGAAGACCAUCCCCGCCGUCACUGCCGACCCGGUCUGGGCUGCUCAUGUUUCCACGCGUGCUUCUUCCCCGGCUUCGCAACGGACAUCGUUGUAUUCAUUGGCCCGCCCGUUCGCUGACCCGCAAGCGGACUCCGAUGGCGCGUAUUUCGACUCCCUAAUGAAGUCGUUGAGGGUGCCCGCCUGCGUCAACGAGUUCGCGCAGCGGCUGGAGGCGACGCCAUUGGACCCGAUGCCUGAAUGCCCAGUCGAAUCCCGUGCUGGCCCCAAGAAGUACCCUGUGAGCGGACUGAUCGCAGGGCAAAUCUCGAGG